AGAUGUAUUUCAUAUUUACAUUCACUUCAUUGCUGUAGUUCCUUUAUGGCGGAUGUUUUUUUUAAUUCACGCAUUUGGCGAUUCUUUUUUGUAUUGUCUUUUCGUGUGUCUUCAGAGAAAACAACCAAUUUUACCACAUAACAACUAUAAAUAGUAGUGUGUCUGUCUAUUGUGUGCAGUGUGUCUCUCAAAUGAAAAUGUACGGAAAAAUGUGUGUAUUUUAAAAAGCCUUGCAUUGCCGAACACCUGUGAUACAAAUUGCUUCUACUGUUGAUUCUUGUUUUCUAUUCCAUUUUGAACAUUUAAAAAAACGAACACAAUUUAUUGUGUAUCUUUCUUUUUUUUGUUUGAAUUUAAAUUAAAUCAUUCAUCGUUUUAUUCGCUGCUUUUUUUCUGAAAAAAAAAAUUUGGUUUGAAUUGUGCUAUUAUUCGGAAACCGAAACUACUUUUUUUUCUAUCGCAACAACGCAUUGGAAUGGAAUAUAUCAAAAGCCGAGAUUUAUAUGAGAAAAUUUGAAUCGGCGAACAUUUGAGUGCAUUGCUCAAAACUGCAGCUAAAAGGUGCGCCAACAAAGUGCAAUUUAAUAGUUUGUAGUCACAGACGGUUGAGUGUGAUAAGGAAUCACUCGCUACGGCAAUAGGCAUGCAUUACGUUUCGAUUAAAUGAUUCGAAUAUACUGCGGCAGACGUAUUGAAAACAGAGACGCCAAAAUCCAUAAAGCGCAAAUAAACAAACAAAUUAAAAGAAAGAAGAGAAGAGAAAAAAAAAUCAACACCUACCCAUAGUGUAUCGAUUGUUUUAGUUUUGUGAGGCAACUUCGAGAAUCUUUGUGUGUGCAAAAGAUUUUCUCCUUCGUUUUUGUUUUUGUUGUAUUUUAAUUGGAAUUGUGUUCGGUUCAGUCAACAACAAUGACGCGACUUACAGAGGAAAUGGUAAUCGCACGAUCCAGGCAAUCAGAUCUUGGCUCAAUCAAAAAACUCAAUUGCUGGGGCAGCGAACUCAGCGACGUAACGAUUAUUAGGCGAAUGCGUGGUGUGGAGGUGCUAGCAUUGAGUGUAAACAAAAUCUCCAGCUUAGCCGAUUUUGAAGACUGCCACAAACUCCAGGAACUGUAUCUCAGGAAAAAUAACAUAAAAGACAUCAACGAUCUGGUGUACUUACAGGGACUGCCACAUUUGAAGAAACUAUGGCUCGAAGAGAAUCCAUGCGUAGAACAAGCCGGCCCACACUACCGAUUGAUUGUGUUGCGUGCGCUGCCAAAUCUGGAGAUGUUGGAUAAUGUGAGCGUUACACCGGAGGAAUUGUCGGAUGCUAUGAAAGUCGGUCAUGCGGUACAAAGCCAGGAAGAAGUGUACGAAGAUGCUUACUCGAAUGGGGCCGGUCAACAGCAAGCCCAACAACAGCAACUACAACAGCAGCAGCAGCAACCAUUUCGCCAGCAAAGCCCAGUUCGAGAAAAAACACCACCGAACCAGGAAUAUUCUCCCGCUGAGCCAAGCCACCCAUCGUCACCAAAACAACGUGACCUCCGAUCUUCAUAUCAUCAACAAUCAUACGAUAGAUCGCCGGGUUCAGAUGAAAUUCAGAACUCUAGCGGAUAUCGUGAACGUCCACAUAUCGUGCCGAGUAUGUCAACUCAUUCGAUGAAGGAAUAUUAUCAAUCAGACCGACCCACUCCAGCCCAUUACCGCCAUAGUCAAAGCGAUUUAACGGAAUGGGAUGAGCCAAAUCAUAGUACGCCACAGCAGCGUCGCAGCGGUGGCCAAACCGAACGUGAUGCACAAUAUCCAUACCGAAAUGGUUCACGUGAAAAAGAGGAAUGGGAUGAGAAUGAACGCGGCCGACCGAGACGAUCUGAUGGCCGAUUCAGCGACACCGCCAGCGUUGUAUCGAAUGCAGUUAUCAAUCAUUAUGCCAGCUAUCACAGAAGGCCCGUGAACAGAAGUUCCAACUUACUAUCGGCAACAUUGUGUCUAGUGAAAGAGUUAGACUAUCCGAGUUUGGAGGUGGUUGAACACGCAGUUCGAUGUCGCAUCGAUGAACUGGCGGCCGAAUGACAAAAAAUGAAUUUAUAAAAAUCAAGCAGCUACUUUUAAAACGGAUUAAUGCACGUUUAAUUCGAUUUUAAAAACAAAUAGAUUUGAGAAAAUUAAAAACUAAAAUAAACAAAUGAGAGAAUAACAUCAACUGACAAUAUUUUUACUCGAAUAACAACUAAGCUCCCUAAUUUAUAUGCAUUACAAACUAUCAAAUAACGAUAUGAAAACGAAAUACGAAUAUUAGAAUAUGACACGGAAUAAACAAUCUAGGCGAUAUUCGUAAUGUGCGGCUUAUGGAGAUAAAUUCAAAAAAAUAUAUUUUCCAGUUUUUUUUUUGUAAAUUAACUAAAUACGUUGAUAAUAACGACGAUAAUUGAAUAAACUAGCUUCUAAACGAUCUGAUAAUAUUGCUAAACAAACAUAUUCUUUUCUGAAAAUAAAAAAAUAACCAUCAAAACUCAUCGACUGAGUUGAAUGUUCUUCGAAUUAAUGGUAUAAUGCAACUUACAAUUAUUUCAUUUUGUUGAUAAAUUUUCCGUUUUUUUUUUCUCUUAAAUCAGAGAAUCUGAAUUGUUGUUUAAAUGAGUAAAGUAAUUGAAAAUGAAAUUUCAAUGUUAAAAUGCCUCCAUUGUAAAUCAAUUAGCAAUGAAUGUUUCUAAAGAAAAUACUAUUUUAAUUGCUUGAAAUAGAGAUAAAAGAAAAAUUAAUCAGCAAAUUUGAAGCAAAAACAAAAAACACACAAUUUAAUUUCAAUUGAAAUGGAAUAGCAUGAUUAGAAAUAAUUAUAGAGCUUAUUCAUCACUUGAUAGACAUAUGCGUGGGCAAAAUUAGUUCGAUCAUUGUUAUGUUUUGUUUUUGGUGUACGCCAAUUGAAUUAUUUGUGCAUCACUUUCUACACACAUCAUACACACACACAACCGUAGUGACACUUUGGGAAAAUGGCACACACACACACAACACACACUUACAAUAAUUCAUCCAAGUUGAUGAUAUUUUUCCGCUCCAAGUUAUAUAGUAUAUGAAUUCUUAUGAAUAUUGAUAGUAUUUCCUUAUAAUGAUGAAAAAGAAAAAAUUAGGAAGAAUGUUACAAAGCUCUUGCCAACUAAUAACAUAUAUCAUGCAUUGUAAAUAAGUGUGAAGCUUAUUAGAAUCAUUUCCAUUAACAUGCAAAUAUUGAAAAACAACAUAUUUUUACUUAAAAUUGAAAUUUAUUAAAGCUUUUCUUGAUUAAUAAAAAA